AUGUCCGCAGAUUUCUGGUCGGGGUACGUCAGUGGUGCCGUAGGGAUCGUUGUUGGAAACCCUCUUGAUUUGAUCAAAGUUCGAAUGCAAGCCCGAAAUGAAUCCACGGCUACGGGAAGCACAUUCAAGAAUCUCACAACUGGGACUGCGGCACCAAUUCUUGGAUACGGAGCCCUCAACGCCCUCCUAUUCCUCUCAUACAAUCGCAGCGAGGCUGCCCUGAACCAGGCAUUGGGUGUACAGAGCAGCCUGUUAACAACCUGGCUUGCGGGGGCUAUUGGUGGCCUCACCACCUGGGUGGUCAGUACCCCUACAGAAGUUAUCAAAUGCCGUGCGCAGGUAUCGAAUGACGCCUUGUCAAGCAGCGCCAUCGCCCGCCGUAUAUGGAGAGAAGAAGGAGUACGAGGGUUCUAUUUCGGCGGAUUGGUGACUGUGCUGCGCGACAGUAUCGGCUACGGUUUUUACUUUUGGUCCUACGAACUGGCCACAAACAUGUGGCCAUCCCUAGAGGGAAGAACUUCAACUCUCCAGUCCGAAGCCCCCAAAGUCCUGAUCUGUGGAGGGCUUGCCGGAGUUGCAACAUGGGCAAGUGUUUUCCCGCUCGAUGUGAUAAAGACCCAGGUGCAAACUCAAGCCUGGGAGCCUACCUCGGAAUCAAGGCCCCUUAUCGGAUCUAUCGCUGAACGUCAACGCGCAGGAGCCUGGGAGGUUGCCAAGGAGGGAUGGAGACAGCAAGGAACUCGAUUCUUCUUCCGUGGCUUCUCGGUCUGCUGCGCCAGGGCUUUCGUUGUUAACGCAGUCCAAUGGGCUGUGUAUGAGUGGAUGAUGGCUGAACUAGGACAGCGGCGCAAUAAAUAA